AUGAAUGGACUCCACGAGGUGAACGCGUCGAAGGAUAAACGGACCUCACAGGAUGAGUGGGUCCCACAGGAUGGACGGGCCCCACGAGAUGAAUGGGCCCCACGAGAUGAACCUGUCUUGAAAAUAUAUCAACCAGCUCUGAUACCAACUGUUGUUUUUGUUGGAGAAAGUGGGAAUGGCAAGUCAACAUUAAUAAGUCUAGUAGAAAGAUUGUAUGAUGUUAAAUCAGGAUGUAUAUCAUUGGAUGCCAUUGAUAUCCGAAACUACAACCUGAAAUGGCUGCGACAACAGAUAGCUUUGGUGAGCCAAGAGCCCAUACUCUUCAAAGAUACCAUUCGUCGCAACAUAACAUAUAGCAAGCAAGAAGAUACAACAGAAGAUGAAAUUGUUGCAGCUGCAAAAUUAGCAAAUGCACACAACUUCAUAUCAGCAUUACCUCAGGGCUAUAAUACUCAUGUAGGGGAAUGUGGAGCUCAAUUAUCCGGUGGACAAAAGCAACGGAUUGCCAUUGCACGGGCAAUAGUGAAGGACCCAAAAAUCCUAUUACUAGAUGAGGCAACAAGUUCUCUAGAUGCAGAGUCAGAAAAAGCAGUUCAAGCUGCACUAAACCAAGUGAUGGUAAGCAAAACAGCAAUUGUUGUGACUCACAGAUUGACAGCAAUUAGAGGGAGUGACACCAUUGCAUUUCUGAGAAAUGGCGUGAUUGUUGAGAAAGGUAGACAUGAUGAGCUCAAAAAGAUAGCUAAUGGGGCUUAUGCCUCUUUGUUUUCGCAUCAUCUGAACCACUCAAUCUAG